CUGAGCGCGAAUUCAACCUUCGCUGCUUCGCCAGUCUCGCGGUGGACGUUGACGGCGCGUCCGCGUGUACGAUUUAUUUUUACAUCGCGCCUUAGUCGCGCAUUACUGGAUUAAUUACAAUUAUGUGUCAAUCGUGAUGUGCUGACCCAGUGCGAAAAUUCAACACUUACUACAAUCAAAUAUUUUAAAUUUCUUCAUUCUUGGUACUGUCUGAGAGUUAAAUAAAUAUUAACAAAAUGACGAAGAGUGGUUACACCUGUGUGCGGCAUGUGUUCUGCUGGAUGAAUCUUAUUUUGUGGAUUACCGGUUGUGGAUUACUCGGUGUUGGAAUAUGGCUGAGAGUUUCCUAUGAAGGAUACACCAGUUUGUUACCGCAAUAUUCUUUGAUGAGCGCUGACGCUUUGCUGAUUGGAAUCGGAGCUGUUUCUUUCGUACUGGCAUUUUUUGGAUGUUGUGGUUCUUGGUUUCAAAGCAAAUGUCUUCUAAUUACGUACUUUGCCAUGGUCGUGUUUAUGUUCAUGGCGGAAUUUCUCUUCGGUUCGGUGGCAUUUGUCUUCCGCGAUGGCAUCGGCCAUGUUCUCAAAGAAGAACUCACCAAUGGACUCAAACAUCACUACAAUGUAUCCGCACACGGUCCAAAUAGUCUCGUUACGAUUUGGAAUCAUUUGCAAAGAGAAUUUCAUUGUUGUGGUGUAAGAGAUUAUGUCGACUGGUACCUCAUUGAUGCAUGGCCCAAUCAAAAAUGGGUUCCCGACUCUUGUUGUUUGCCCGGUGCGGAAUAUUCGGCAGUUGCAGGAAAACACUGUGGAGAAGCCGGAAAUCCGGAUUUGUGGUAUGCCAAAGGUUGUUCAGACCAAAUCCACAUGUGGUUCGUUCAACGUUUACACAUCAUUGGCAUUGUUGGAUUGAUUGUUGCAUUUAUUCAGUUGUUUGGAUUAAUCUCUUCAAUGUUGUUGUUCUGCACCGUGAAGCACAAACGGUCUUCCUCACAUUCCUACGAAUCAUACGAUACUAACUAAGGUGAUUAUGAAAAAACUCGAGAUUUACCAUCGACUGAGCGAUUGAGUGUUCGUUUAUAAAGUUAUACAUAAAUUAAAAAUGCAUAUCAAAAUCCAUCGUCAGGCUACAUUAGCUCGAGACAAAUUUAUUUACUAUAAAUACAAUUUGAAAACCGUUAUGAUUACGAAACUGGAAACUUGUUCUUGUAGAUAUGUAGAUUUAGCUCUGUUCGGAAGUUCAAAGUAGAUACGACUGUAGAGACCUAUACAAAUGCGAAUUAGUAGACCAUGUUUGUAUAUAAAUAUUAAAUUAUAUGCUAGAUUUAAGAUUUAGAUGUUGCCAAUGAUUGCGCCAAGAAGAUUGUUAGAUGAUUAUAGUGAUUGUCACAACGAGAUGCUUUGCUAGUUCUUUUGUGGAAUACAAUUCAACAAUUGAAGCUAUUCUGAUAUAAUUAUGAAAAUAAGCACUUUGUGCCAAUAAUAUAUAUCUAUUAUUUAUUUGAUACAGUAAUAUUGAACUAUUGUGAUAAUAUCAAUGAUAUUGAUAUUAAAUAAAGUUAAUAUAUUCAA